AUGGCCGAUUCAAAUUAUAUUUUCGAACCAAAGAAACAAAACGUAAUAGCUGACAUUCAAAAAACCGUUAAUCAAAUCCCUAGGUUUUCUAUUGAAUAUGUAAAAUCACUUUUUCCGAUUUUCGCAUGGAUCGGUCGUUAUAAUACCACAUGGUUGGCCGGUGAUUUAGUAGCCGGGAUAACUGUGGGAUUGGUGGUAAUCCCUCAAAGUAUGGCUUACGCUAAGGUUGCGGCCUUGCCGGUGGAAUAUGGGUUAUAUUCUUCCUUUGUUGGUGUCACGAUAUAUUGUCUUUUCGCAACGUCGAAAGACAUGACUAUUGGCCCCACCGCGGUCAUGUCCUUGAUCAUAGGGCAAACUCUAACCGCAAUUGCUAGUAAUAAAGAUAAUGCGGGUUAUUCAAAUACAACAAUUGCUGCAGCUUUUAGUCUUUUGGCUGGUCUUAUCGUUCUUUUAUUUGGUCUACUACGUCUUGGUUAUAUUGUUAGAUUUGUUUCUAAUCCAGUCAUUGCCGGCUUCACUACUGGCUCUGCUGUCAAUAUCACUAUCAGCCAGAUUGCAGGCUUGUUGGGCAUAACUGGCGUAAAUACUAGAGAUUCUACGUACUUAGUUCUUGGAAACACUCUUGGAGCUUUGGGCCGUACAACUAUUGAUGCCGCUGCUGGACUCACUUGUUUAUUUCUCUUAUAUGCUAUUAAAUUUGGAAUGGUAUUCCUUACUACGCGUUAUCCUAAUGGCAAAAAAACUUUCUUUUUCAUCUCCACUUUACGCAACUUUUUCGUGGUGGUUGUUUACACCAUCAUCGCCUAUCUACUCAAUAUUGGAAAAAACACCAAUCCCUUAAGUAUCUUGAAAACCGUACCUUCCGGACUCCAUGAUGUCGGCGUAAAGAAUCUCGAUAGCAAACUUUUAAGCAUUUGCGCCCCGUAUCUUCCUGGAAUUUGUAUAGUUUUAGUUCUGGAACAUAUUGCUAUUGCUAAAAGUUUUGGAAGGAUUAAUGACUAUAGAAUUGAGGCUAGUCAAGAAUGUAUCGCUAUCGGUGCCACAAAUUGUCUUGGCUGUUUAUUUAGUGCAUAUCCGGCUACCGGUUCUUUUUCUCGUAGUGCUAUCAAGUCAAAAUCUGGUGUACGGACUCCAAUUGCUGGUAUAUUUUCUGGCAUAUUGGUUCUUUUGGCACUUUACGCUUUAACUCCUGCAUUUUAUUUCAUUCCUAAUGCCGCACUUAA